AUGAGACUCAACCUCACAAAGUGUGCCUUCGGUGUGGCUUCAGGGAAAUUUCUUGGCUUCAUGAUCAGCCAGCGAGGUAUUGAAGCCAAUCCAAAAAAAAAUCAAGGCCAUUUUAGACAUGAAGAUACCCAAAACAGUCAAGGACAUCUAGAGCCUUACCGGGCAUGUCACGGCCCUGACCAGGUUUAUCUCAAAGGCCACUAA